GUACCCGUACCGGUAUGCAUACCGGUGGCGGUGUUUCAGACUGCUACAUAUCAGUGAAGCUUCCGGUAACCCAAACCCCUGGUUAUCCAUGGAUGGGAUGGGGCGUACCGGUACCAGUACCAUCAACUCGUCACUGAUUCUGACGACUACAGCGGGAGUGCAAGUCAAUUUGCCGGAACAUCUCCACACCACAAAUUCAAGUGUGACGUUCUCGAGAACUUUUCUUUUCUCACACCUUUUGCAACUGCAUCCACAAGUACAUGUAUCCAAUACAAGAGGAAGAAAGAAUCUCCAUACUGCCCUACGGUAUUACUAAAACAUCUGCUCUGGCUAGCUAGCCAUUAGAAGAACAUUGCAAGUUCAGCAAGGACAGCUGCAAGGACCACGUUUGCAAAAGCAGGAGUGUUGGUGCAGAUUUUGCAUUUUGGUAUCUCAAGGGAUCUUCUAUCUCCUGGAUCCAUUUUUUAAUAUAAGAAGUAACUCUUGUGCCUAGUUGUAAACCAUGGCGAAAUUGACGUUUGUUUUCUGGCUACUUGCCAUUGGCAAUGCCAGUGCUGCAAUUGGUCCUAAUCAAAGGGGAGGAUUUUCCUUGCAACCAUUCUUGACCAAAUAUCGAGGUGGCGCUGUGGAGAAGAAGCAAGCACCCAGCAAGGCUCCUGAAAGUGUGACAAGCCAGAAGAUUGCCCCAUUGUCGCAAAAGGCGACCUUGACAGAAAAAGAAGCACUAUUGGUAGCAGAUAUUGAGCUUUUGAGUAAGAUCUUGUCCGAAACAGUGCAGAGAGGAAGUCCCAAAGUGCAUGACUUGUAUGAAGAGUUCCGCAAAUAUGGUUUGACGCGUGCUGCGGAUGUCAAUGAUGAUGCAGCCUUGGAGAAAAUGAUUGAAGAGGCCAAAAAAUUGACGGCUCAAGAAGCUUUGGGUGUUAUGCGAAUGUUUGCCAUGGCCUUGAACUUGGUCAAUGCUGCCGAAGUCCAGGAUCGGCUGCGCAAUAUUCGCGACUUUGCUCGCGAAAGUGAUGAUUCUUCGGGUCCACUUCCAAUUAUUGAGGAUAGCAUGCGAGGAACCAUGGAUGUUCUGCUUAAUACCAAUGCAGCCACCAAACAAGAAAUCUUCCAACAGCUCUUGAAGCAAAAGGUUGAAAUUGUAUUGACGGCCCACCCAACGGAAGUGGCUCGUCGAUCUAUGCUUCGCAAAUACCGUCGUGUGGCAGAAAUCCUGGCCAUGUUGAAACGACCGGACUUGCACAAGUACGAAAAGGACCAGGAAAUUAGCAAUCUACGCCGAAUCAUCUCCUCUGCCUGGGGAGCCGAUGAAAUUCGUCGUGUCAAACCGACACCUCAACAAGAAGCUUCGGGAGGGAUUGCCAUUCUGGAGUCGGUCUUGUGGGAUGCCGUGCCUGCCUACCUGCGAAAGCUAGAUGCCCAAUGCCAAAUUACAUUGGGCAAGGCACUCCCGGUGGACGCCUGCCCCAUCAAAUUUGCAUCUUGGAUUGGUGGUGACCGUGAUGGAAAUCCGAAUGUGACACCAGAGGUGACUCAAGAAGUUGUAUUGACCCAACGACUUCGAGCAGCUCGGCUUUUUCUGGGAGACCUGUUCACUUUGCAAUCGGAAUUGGCCCUCUCGUCGGCUUUCUCGGAUGAAAUGAACGAAUACGCAGACACACUCGAGGUCGGAGUGCACAAAAAGGAAAAAUACCGAAGGGUGAUUCUUCAUUUGAUUAAACGUCUUGUCAAGACAGCACGGGAAUGCGAAAAACAAUUGGCAGCCAUGUCAUCCAGCGAGACAUUCACUCGCCCUCAAAUUGAUCAAACCGUCACUGGCUGGGAAGAUGUGGAACCAAUCUAUGAAGCAGAAGAGCUGAUGGAACCUCUCCGUAUCAUGCACGAUUCAUUGAAGAGCACUGGGUUUGAGUUGGUGGCCAAUGGCAGGAUCUUGGACAUUAUUCGCCGUGUAAACGUCUUUGGUUUGACCUUGGUGCCCUUGGAUAUUCGGGAAGAAAGCACCAAGCACACAGAGGCGUUGGAUGCCAUCACGCGUUGGCUUGGCGUGGGGUCCUACAAAGAAUGGAGCGAAGAGGCGAGAUUGAACUUUCUCCAGUCCGAAUUGUCCAACAAACGACCCUUCUUCCGUAUUCGCGACCUUGACUUGCUUGGAUUCGACGACGGUGUGAGGAAGACUCUGAGGACAUUUUUCACUGCUUCAACCUUGAAGCCCAGCUCUCUUGGAGCAUACGUGAUUAGUCAGGCACAGACCGCCAGUGAUGUUUUGGCCGUCAUGUUGCUGCAGAAACAAGUUGGCAUGACUCCAGAUCGAGGAAGUAUGAUGCGCGUGGUUCCUUUAUUUGAAACUCUGGAUGAUCUUGAAAACGCCGCCAAGGUCCUUGAUACCCUCUUUUCCAUCCCGACCUAUGCAGGAGCAAUCAAGGGAAAGCAAGAAGUCAUGGUCGGAUACAGUGACAGUGCCAAGGAUGCAGGUAGACUUGCUGCGUCAUGGGCGCUAUACAACGAUCAGGAAGAGAUGGCAGCAAUGGCCAGGAAGCAUGGUAUCGAACUCACCUUUUUCCACGGCAAAGGAGGAACCGUGGGUCGUGGUGGCAACCCAGCACUCUAUCGAGGUAUCCUUUCGCAUCCGCCAAAUACCAUCAAUGGACGUUUCCGUGUCACGGAGCAAGGAGAGAUGAUCACUCAGAACUUUGGAAACCCUAACAUUGCUGAACACACCCUUGACAUCUACACAGCAGCUGUCUGUCGUGAAGCUUUCACAAAGCACGUCGAACCAUCCAAGAAGUGGCGUGAGCAGAUGGAUCGAGUUUCGGCAAGCUCUUGCGCUGAUUACAGGCAAUUGGUGCGAGGUGAACCCCGGUUCGUGCCCUACUUUCGACAGGCAACCCCGGAACUAGAGCUAGGCAGUUUGAACAUUGGUAGUCGUCCCUCGAAGCGCAACCCUAAGGGCGGAAUCGAAUCUCUCAGAGCAAUUCCAUGGACAUUUGCGUGGACACAAACAAGAACACAUUUGUCUGCAUGGCUUGGAGUCGGCGCCGGGUUAAAUGUGAAGGACCAGGCUGAGAUGGAGACCUUGCAGGAGAUGUACAGCAGCUGGCCAUGGUUUCGUGAGACCGUUGAUUUGAUCUCCAUGAUCGUGUCCAAGACUGAUUUCUCUAUUUCGAAAAACUACGAUGAUAUGCUCGUUGAUAAGUCUGGGGGUUUGAUGCGACUCGGCGAGGAAGUUCGAGAGAAGCUGGUCGAGACUCGUAAGGCUGUGCUCGACGUGACCAAGACCAAUGCUGUUGGUGGGGCACAUGUAGCUUUGCUUCGAGCGUCUUCCACCAUUCGACACCCGUACGUUGACCCGGUCAACGUGAUUCAAGCGGAGUUGUUGAAGAGGUAUCGUGCUAUGGACAAGCGAGAAGAUUUGUCCCCUGAAGAGGAAGAGGAGAAGAAUGUGCUGAGAGACGCAUUGAUCAUGUCAAUCAACGGAAUCGCACAGGGAAUGAGGAACAGCGGAUAAACUAUCUAUUGACUGGGUCGAAUGUUCAAUCAGGGCAUAGGUGGAGCAUAAAAUCCUGUAACUUGGUUGUCUCAUUUCUCUUGAUGCAUUCAUUAGAUUGCCUCUCAGCAGCCAUAC